AUCCAACCCCUUCUCUCUAAUCUUUAUCUAUCUUUCUCUUCCUAUAUAUAUAUAAACCACAUCUUCAUCGCAGUUACCUACUUUUCUCUUUUUAUUCUCUCUUUUUCUCUUCUCUUUCUUCAAAAAACCCACACUGCCACAAAACUCUCACUCAAGCGGUUUCUUGUUACGGGUAUGCUCGGAGCUUUGUCGCGAUGGCAAUAGAUGACUGGAUGAAAUUGGCUAUGGCAGACGACUCUGUCGUUGCCGACCUUCUCGUUAAGAUAAAGCACUCUGAAGGCAAAUCGCUUUUCACGUUGCCGACGCCGGUGCUUCCAAGCUGGGGAGCUAGAAAGAGGCGGAGCAAGCUUGAGGCCGCAUCUCGCGCCGCCAUACUCGCCGCCGCCGCCGCCGUCAAUUCUUCUAGGAAGAAGGACGAGGUAUUGGACGAUACGGAGGAGGAUUCUACCAGAUGCAGCCCUACGACUCCGCUUUCUUGGAACGGAAGCGGCGCUUCCCCUUCCUCCGCCGCCGACGGUUUUGACGACUCUAGAAGCCCUACUCACAACAACACCAGAUCCAAGGCUACUGCUACAAGUGAAUAUACAAGCAACUCUGCAUCCAACAAGAAAUGUAGAAGGAGAAAGACGUUUUCGCAACUUCAAGAAGAGGAAAGCUCCCUGCUCCGGGAAAAAAUAUAUUUAACAAAGGAGAUUGCAAAUGUCAGUGCAUCUUGUAAGGCACAGAGAGCUAGAAACGAAAGCCUAAAGAGAAUUAAGCUUGACUUGGGUUCCGCACCUGAUGGAUUGCCGCAUCCAAAUUCUGACCAACCCAAAUGGACGGCGAUAACUUCCAUUGCCGCUCAAGGUGAUACCAUUGCCGCUCAAGGUGAUACUGAUACUCUUCCGCAACCACAAACAGCAGAAUCAGCCAGGAGUGUUUUCUUGGUACCAGAUCUAAAUAUGAUGCCGUCCGAGGAUGAUUCUUACAUGGACAUCCAGCGCGGGAUGAGUUGAGAAAUGCCACCAUGACAACAGUUCAUCCUCCAUCAUGCUGGACUCCCGAAUGUUUGAACAAGCUGAGAAACUCCCUGUUUUCAAUCAGAGGCUUCGCAUGGUGCAAGGUUUGAACAAUUGUGGAACACUGUACAGGCCAAUAGUUUUUGUGAGGCUCUAAAUAAUAGCAAAAAUUAGAAAGGAAGUCUUGAAUGGGACAAACAAACUUGAUCUGUCUGCCAACUCUACUGAAGGAAGAAGUGGCAGUCAUGAAUUAAGUUUUUUUUUUUUAAUUCUUUUUUUCUUUGUUAGUUCUAGAAUUAGAGGGCUAUAUAGGUGAUGCAUAAGUAACAAGUUCCUUUAUUACUAAAUUUCAUAUGGGGUAUUUGACCUCUUUGCCUUUGAAAUUUCAAAACAUUUCAACCAUAUAAGAUGUAUCAUUCUUUGUAGGUCAAAUAUCUCGGUUUUAUUCGA